AUGUCUCAAAAAAACCUAGAAGAUAUCAGUUUGAGAUUCAGCAAACUGCAGAAUGAGCUCAAUGAUUUGAUUAAAGCUCGUCAACAAUUGGAGACUCAGUAUCAAGAAAACAAAAUUGUCAAGGAGGAAUUUGCCAAAUUGGACGAAUCAUCCACAGUCUUCAAGCUAAUAGGCCCAGUGUUAGUGCCUCAAGAUUUUAAUGAAGCUGAUAUUAACGUGAAGAAGCGGAUAGAAUUUAUUGAAAACGAGAUAAAAAAGGUGGAAGGAAACAUUCAAGAUCACCAAAAGAAUCUGGAGACUACGAGAGACGAACUGAUAACAUUGAGGACUCAGCAAACCCAAACUUAA